UCGAAAUAAACAUUAAGAGAGAAAAAAAGCUUUAAUGCUCUUUUCUCUCACAUUAAUAUAAAAACUACUAUACUUUACAGAAAAAACGUGAUGGCUAAGCAUCAUCCUGAUCUUAUAUUUUGCCGGAAACAAGCUGGAGUUGCUAUUGGAAGAUUAUGUGAAAAAUGUGAUGGUAAAUGUGUCAUUUGUGAUUCAUAUGUCAGACCAUGCACAUUGGUGAGAAUAUGUGAUGAAUGCAACUAUGGCUCUUAUCAAGGAAGGUGUGUGAUUUGUGGUGGCCCUGGAGUCUCUGAUGCCUACUACUGCAAAGAAUGUACUAUCCAAGAAAAAGACCGGGAUGGUUGUCCUAAAAUAGUCAACUUGGGAAGUUCCAAAACUGAUUUAUUUUAUGAAAGAAAGAAAUAUGGUUUCAAGAAAAGGUGACAAAGAAAGGUUCAUCUCAUCAACAGAACUAACUAUAACAUUCUCAAAAAUGUACUACAUUUCAUCCAAUUUAUUGUGUGUUUUAAUACCUGUUCUUUAAUAGUUGUGUGAAAAAGUAAACAUUGUUUAAUAAAACAAAUCUCUU